UGUCAUAAAAGUAGGCGGGCGUUUAAGGAAAACAUGGCUGCGCCUAUGUGAAAGUCACGUCGCCUGUAUGUCUGUGGUCUAAAAGUCAUAAAAAAUCAGCCAGAAAAGUAUUAUUUAUACUCAAAUGUUGUUGUGCUAAACGAGGCGAAAGCGAAUUUAGUUAAUCAGCUGCCUUUUGCGUGGUGAUAUUUCGAAAUCCCUGUCUAGACCGUUUCGAACUGUGAUAUACCAGCACUCCCCAGAAUGGAACAAGACCAGCAACAACUACGAAAUCUCCGGGAUUUCCUCCUCGUGUACAAUCGAAUGACAGAGAUCUGCUUCCAGCGAUGCACAAGCAACCUUAACUACAGGAAUCUCACGAUGGAUGAGGAGCGUUGCGUGGACAGCUGCGCCGGCAAACUGAUCCGCUCCAACCACCGCCUGAUGGGCACUUACGUCCAGCUGAUGCCCGGAAUCGUGCAGCGACGUCUGGAAGAGAUGGAGGCCAAGGCCGGGGAGAUGGCCAAAUCGGCAGAGGCUGGCGCCGCCGUGGAGACCGUAUCCACGGCAACGGCGGCAUUGCCGGAAGGGACUGUGGCGGAGUCGCCGUCAGCGUUUGCUUCGACCUCAGUGGGGCUAGUAGGAGAGAUUCCGCCAAUUACAGCGCCCCCUGCUGGUGGGGUAACAGAUAUUACACCUGUUAUAGCGCCACCUACUGGUGGACUAACAGUAGAUAUUCCAUCAGUUAUAGCACCACCUGGUGGUGGUGCAACAGUAGAUAUUCCAUCAAUUAUAGCGCCACCUACUGGUGGACUAACAGUAGAUAUUCCAUCAGUUAUAGCACCACCUAGUGGUGGUGCAACAGUAGAUAUUCCAUCAAUUAUAGCACCACCUACUGGUGGAGUAAUGGUAGAUAUUCCGCCAGUUUUGGCGCCACCUACAGCCCUGGAAACGGUACAGCUUCCGCCAACUCUGUCACAAGCGCCUGGAGAACCAGCAGCAGUGGCGGUACCCGCGUUUUCGGCGAAACCGUGGCUGUCUGAGACGCUGAACACCCUGCCGGGCCUGGCCACCGCCCCGCCCCCAAUCCCGCCACCGGAGACGCUCCCUCUGCCGCCGCGGGUCGAUCCGCCAAGUGCGCCGGGCGGCGCCCAGUCCUCGCCGAAUCUCGGCUCGGCGUCGUCCCGUCACGAUUCUCCAGCUCAGCCGCCAAGCGAGUGAUGGGGAGACCGCGUAGGACCACGCGGUGCUGAAGAGACGCCCUCGCCCGGGCGGCAGUGUAGCGUAACGGGCAAGGAGUUGGUCUUGUAAACGAAAGGUCACAGGUUCAAUUCCCGGGGAAGGACACUGCGGUUGUACCCUUGAGCAAGGGACUUAACCUGCAUUGAUUCAGUGCAUGUUCAGCGGUAUAAAUGGAUGCAGUGUAUAAAUGCUGUGUAAAAAGUUGUAUAAGUCGCUUGGGAUAAGCGCGUAUGCUAAACGCCUGUAAUGUGAUACAGGGAGUACUGGUCAGGAAGCUAACACUGCUGCAGCUGGGACUCAAAGCCAUUCUACCUGGAAAUGCUCGCCGGAAUGUGCACUCUCUCCUCUUUUUUUUAAUUAAAAGACGACAUGUAUUAUUAACCGUU